GUCCUUGUGAGGAUGGUGGGGGGCGUUUAAUGCUACUGGUCCUCUCUCUGCCUCUCUCCCUCUCUCUAUGCACGAAUGUUGUCUUCCAUCUGCUUCACCGCGAAGCUGAAGAACCAGUCGACAGUGAUCCAGGAUUAAUAAGGUUCAGUCAUGAAGGCGACGGAGGAGAAGAAGCCAUCCAAGAGAAGAAGGAAAUGGCUUGGGCUGCUGCCACCGUCACCUGCCGUUUUGCUUGAUCUCCUUUUUUUGCUGCUCACUUUUUGCCUUUUUGCCACCCCUUCAAGCGCCCAGGGAGGAUUAUGCCCUGCAGAUUGGGAAAUUGGGCCAAGUAAAGAUAAGUGCUUUGGUUUUUUUGCAAAAUCUUAUUCUUGGGAUGAGUCGGAGGCCUUCUGCUCAGGAUAUCAUGGUCAUUUGGCUGCACUAACAUCAGCCCAAGAGUUAGAGUUCAUCCAAAAACGUUGCAUGGAUACAACUAAUGGCUGCUGGGUUGGAGGGAGGCGUUUCAACUCCUCUGCAGGUUUUAGUUGGAAAUGGAGUGAUAAUACAUCACAAUGGAAUGAAUCAGUUUUCCCUGGGAAACCAUUUUCCAUGGACUGCUCAAAACAAGCUUGUCCAGUUGCCAAUUCAAGCGAGUCAUGUACACUGGUUAUUAGUGGACAUGUUGCUCUUGUUGGUCAAAGCUGCAACAACUCUCAUGAAUUCAUAUGCAUGCGUAAUAUAGAUGAUAACUGUUACCAUAAGAGAUGCCACCAAGAGUAUUUUAUAAUCCUUGCAGCUGUGAGUGGAUUAAUACUCUUAACCAUGUCGGCUAUAGUGAUUUGGCUCCUGGCUUAUAGGAGGAGCAAAAAGAGGAGGAGAUCACACAGGGUAUCUAGCCCAUCAGCUGCUGCCUUAGUUCCUCCAUCUUGGAAAGUAUUCACAAGCGAUGAGCUGAGACGUAUCACGAAGAAUUUCAGUGAAGGCAAUAAGCUUCUUGGUGAUGCAAAAACUGGUGGUACUUUCAGUGGGCUACUACCUGAUGGAUCCAGGGUGGCAGUAAAAAGGUUGAAGAGGUCCAGUUUUCAACGGAAAAAAGAGUUUUAUUCAGAAGUACGGAGGAUUUCAAGGCUUCAUCAUCCAAAUCUAGUGACUGUGAAAGGAUGUUGCUAUGACCAUGGUGACAGGUUUAUUGUGUAUGAAUUUGUGGCGAAUGGCCCCUUAGAUAGAUGGUUGUAUCAUAUACCGAGAGGUGGAAGGAGCUUGGAUUGGAGGACAAGGAUGAAGAUUGUGGUAACUCUUGCACAGGGAAUUGCUUUCCUGCAUGACAAGGUCAAGCCACAUGUGGUACACCGAGAUAUCAGAGCCAGUAAUGUUCUCCUUGAUGAAGAAUUUGGAGCUCAUCUAAUGGGUGUGGGUUUAUCAAAGUUUGUGCCAUGGGAAGUGAUGCAUGAGCGGACAGUAAUGGCUUGUAGCCAUGGUUACCUGGCUCCAGAAUUUGUUUACAGGAAUGAGCUCACCACAAAGAGUGAUGUUUACAGUUUUGGGGUGUUGCUUCUUGAGAUCGUGAGUGGGAGAAGGCCGGCACAGGCUGUUGAUUCUGUUGGGUGGCAAAGUAUAUUUGAAUGGGCUACGCCCCUGGUUCAAUCUCACAGGUACGUAGAGCUUCUGGACCCUGUAAUUGCCGACAUCCCAGAAGUAGGAGUCAUCCAAAAGGUGGUGGACCUGGUCUAUGCUUGCACACAGCAUGUGCCAUCAGUGCGACCUAGAAUGUCUUUUGUAGUCCAUCAGUUGCAACAGCUCGGGCCUCGAGAGAGUAAUUCCGAGGAAGAGAGGAGCAGUCCAACCACAUGUAUUCAGUAGUAGUUGAUGGAUUUCCACAUCAAGCCUGCCGUGGCUGUAUCAACUAAUUAGGAUUUCAACUUCGAGUAGCUAUUCCUUGUUGUAUUGUUACUUUUCCUAUAUGUUCAAAUUUCCUGUAGAAAUGAUCCCAGAAUUUUAUUAUAUGACUAUAUUGAAAGUUUUCUUUGAUGCCUCA